AUGGUGGUAACCAAUGUUAUCAAGAUCGCUUUUUGGCUGUCAUCACUAGCCAUUGGGGACACUAUGCUGCUAUACCGUCUCUGGAUGACCUGGAGUCGCAACGUGUAUGUCAUCAUUUUCCCGUUGUGCACCUUCAUUGCCUCAAGUGUAUGUUGUGUGGUUGUUGUGUACAUAGAGGCGCACCAGGUGGGCCAAACAACGUUCGACACUGUUCAUAUCAACCCAUGGCUGGAGAGCACCUGGAGUCUGACUAUGUGCACGAAUUUAUCUUGCUGUGUGUUGAUAAUAUGGCGACUAUGGCCUGUUCAUUCGCAAGUGAUAUCACUUGUUGAACAUUCUGAGAGGCACGGUCUGAAGUGGUUUAUCUCCGUAUUUAUUGAGAGCGCGGUCCUCUAUGUCGCCUGGACUAUGCUCUUCAUGGCCUCUUACGAGGCGUACACCCCCAGAAAUAACAUAUUGUUCCUGGUCGAGGACGCAUGGGCCCCCGUGUCUGGCAUUGCGUUCAUGCUUAUCAACAUGCGUGUCGGCCUGGGCUACGCGGUGCACACUAAUGUCCAGGAAUACUUCACGGAUCGACAACGCGUGGAUCGCAUCUCAUUCGCCUCGCUGCCCAUCACAAGCACACACCGCAAUGUGAACACACUGGAGAACGAAUUGGAGGUUUCCGACGGCUUGCAGCUGAAGAGUUUUAAGGACGGCUGUGGGAGCACUGCUGGCAUUGCGUCGCCGGUCUGA